ACAGCAAUUGCAAUGCAAACAUUAAAUAAUAAACGAAAGGAAGAGGUGAUUGUAUUACAGGAUGAAUCUACUAAAACCAAAUUGUCGAGACAGGCCUGUACACGUAAAAAUAAAAAACUUAGGUGCGAGCAGAAACAAACCGAGAUGCUUCGUAACCCGAAUGAUGAUAUUCUUCCAGUAAUCGAUGAUAUUAUCUUUAAUCCAUCUCAGAGAAGCGUUCCUCUCUGUCCUUCUGAUAGAAUAUCUUCUAAAAAAAUUAGGACCCAACAUAAUAUAUCGGCUAAAGACUUACUUAUUGAAACGUUACUGAGAGAGGCAUCUACUAGCAAUAAUUCUAUUGACUUACCCAAAAUUCCUCCAGAUUUUUUAUCUCUAGUUUAUAGUGAUAUUAUUAAGGAAAAGAAUGAUGUUAAAGAACCAUUGGACGUUGAUACUAAUAACAAACGAUUGUGGAUUGCUUUCGGGCGACUAUUAUGGAAAAAACUCCAGCAUGCUUAUGUUGAGUUGCAAAAUUUCUUUGAUACGGCUACUAUACGUAAAAGUCGAAAAGAAAAAACACAGCUUAUCGUAUCAGCACGAAAUAAUAACAAAUCGCUAGAUAAGCUAGUUCAACUUGAACAUAUUUUUGAACCUAAGUGCAUUACAGACUUGGGUCACCGAACAUUAAUUCACUUGGAGCAACUCGAUGAUCCAGAUGCUGUUACAACCGCAUCUAAUAUUGUAAAUUGGUACUAUUUCCAUUUAUUAGAAAAUCCUUCACACCGAAGUAAAGAAUUUUGGACCAAUUUUAUUGAGCAUUUUGGAGCUUAUACAAGAAACAAUUUACUUCUCUUCACAAGCUCUAACACUGCGAGUACACAUAAUAUUAAUCAUCAUGAAUAUGUCAGUAAAUUACUUCGGGGCCUUAGGAAAUUAUCAGAAAGUAUCAAUCGGUUUCUUCAAAAAUAUUAUGUGGAUUUAUAUACAAAAUUGAGUAAAUUAUCAUGGGGUCCAUUCGCUCCAAGAGCAUUUGGAGUUUUCUCAAUGAUAGCCAUCAACUUUAAUAUCAUUAGUAACUAUCAUUGGGAUGAUCAUGAUGAACCAAAUAUUGUAUAUCUUCGGCCAGGACAAGUAGUGGCAUUUGCAUCCCGUCUAUUGCUCCAUG